AUGGCGUUUGCUGCAAAGCUCGGUGCCUUGACCGACGAGCUCGUCGAGGUCAUCACAUCGACACCAGACAAGAAAAUCAGCCAGGAGAGAUUCAAUUUGUUGCGCGAGUCUUCUCUCCGUAGCUUGAGAUACCACAGCUUCUUACGCACCAACCAGUUCGAUGUCGAGAGCCAGCUCGUUGGCCUGGAGGAGCGCUUUCGGGUCCACCAUCGCGAAGGCUUGGCGGACGCCUUCAGGGAUCGUCUCGAUGCCUUUUCACGGUUUCGAACAAAGUGGCACCCCGAUAUCCUACACUUCAUUCUGGAACUGGCCGACCGGCCAACUCAGAAGACACGACUGAGCGACCUACAGCUCCUGAAAGAAUCGGAAGAAGACAAACAGCCACCGCUCAGAUGGGAAGAUAUCGCGAAGGAGGAUGGGUGGCACGAGGACGCCGAAAUUUGGAGGUCCAUCGAUUACAGCGAUAACUCUGGCGACGAAUACGGCGACCCCCAGGCGGAGAUAUCAAGCGAAUCCGACGAAACCUCGCUUUCAACCCUCGAUACCUCGCUCGGCAGAGAGCCAGAAGACUUUGAAAUAUCCUCUUCUGACGAAGUCGCCCUCAAAGAGGUCUUCGACAGCCAGGCUUGGAGAGCCGAAACAAAUAAGACAGCUUCAACCCGACAGCACAAGGUGCCCAUCACCGAGUUCCAAGCGACAAGAGAAGCCCUAUUCAUGCUCCAAGGCCUCCCGACAACACUAUUUCAGAAGGACGGAGUUCCCGAUCCGGCGUACCAGAUUUCAAGUGUCGCAUGGGAUACCUACAAAGCUCUGGUAACUUGCUUUGCUGAGAGCGGACGUCAGCUGUUUCAGCUACGCUCAUUUUCGAAGAGACCGCAGACGGCGCCUCUCUUCCAAGUCUUCCGUGACAACGUUAUCGCCAGCUUGCAAUCGUUUGACAAGAGUAUCUCAAGUGUUCAGGAGCGACUGGUAGUGGCGCGCCGAGAUACGGUUGUCAGCAUGGCGGCAAUAUUGGAGGAACUUAGGCCGCAGUUGGAGCCUCUGAUGUCUCUGUCUGAGAUUGUACGGCAGCUCUACGAUCCCGCGAAUGGCGGAGCGUUUCGCUUUUUGGAGCUUAUCUACGACGAGAUCGCCAUCGCCCAGCUCGCGGGACGAGAUACAACAUACGAAUUCCUUGGGAGGAUUUUCUUUAACUGCUUUCAAGUGUAUCUUCGACCGAUCCGACUCUGGAUGUUAGAGGGGCAACUAAUGCCGGGAGAUAAGGUCUUUUUCGUGUCAGAAUCAUCAACACAAGUGCCGCUUCGUCAGGUCUGGACAGAACAGUUCAAGCUGAGGAGAACAUCGGACGGUGUACUUCAUGCUCCCAGUUUUCUACAACCGAGUGUUGGGAAAGUUUUCACGGCCGGAAAGAGCAUCGUCGUUCUCAGGCAUCUUGGCAAGUUCGAAUCUCUUCGGGAGCUUUGGGAUGAGCAGGAGCCCCCUCUUACAUUCGACACCGUCUGUCCUCUUGGGCUAGAACUUGCGCCCUUUCCCGAGCUGUUCACCUCAUCUUUCAAUCUUUGGAUGCAAAGCAAGUACCAUGCGACUUCCGAAACACUCAAGCAGGCACUGUUUGACUCUUGUGGACUGGAGGCGAAUAUUGAAGCAUUGCAACAGCUCUACUUGAUGGCUGAUGGAGCGGCGGCGGACGAAUUCUGCAAAGGUUUAUUCGCUCGGCUGGACGCCCUUCGUCCCGAUUGGCAUGACCGAUAUUCGCUGAGUGGGUUGGCGCAGGAGGCUUUCUCCCUACGCGUUGAUACCACUCGGCUCUUCGUCACUGUCCGGCUGGAGGGUCAAAAGAAGCCUGUGGUGGCUGCUCGCGAUUUAAUCCGGACAGCCCUGCCGGAAGUUCUCUUACAGUACCGUCUGCCGUGGCCGGUUCAGCUCGUUGUGACUGAGGACACAAUCACUCAAUAUCAGGCCGUCUUUACACUGCUGAUGCAAAUCAGGCGCGCCAUGAGUCUUAUUCAACGCACCCGAAUACUUGACGAGCUGGCCUACCGCAGAGAUAUUUGGGGCAGCCGAGCGCUCUACUACCUCCUUCGCUCCAAGUUAAUGUGGUUCUGCAACUGCAUCCAGACCUACCUGGCAACAUUGGUGCUGGCCCCUUACACGGAAAACCUACGACAGAGUCUGCGGCAAGCCUAUGACGUGGAUGCCAUGAUCGGUCUCCAUGCCACGUUCAUGAGGCAAGUUGUCGACGCAGCUUGUCUGGGCAGGAAGCUGGACCCCAUUAGGGGUGGCAUACUAGACAUCUUGGACUUGGCCGCGAGGCUAGAAGAUGCUCAGAGCGCUAGCGUCGCCGAGGAGGCAGAGGAAGCACAGGAGCUGUCCCGGCUUUCCAUCAUGUCCUCGCCGAUGAAAGCGAGCCCCCGCCGGCGAAAACCGGCCGUCUACGCCGAGGACAGUGACGAUGACAGGGCGGGAAGUUUCGGAGGCAGGGCCAAAAGGGGCGCGAUCAAUGCAGGCAAGGGCUACCACCAGUGUCUACGGGAGAUUAAGACAGACUUCGAGAGGCACUUGAGGUUCAUAUGCGGGGGCCUCCGAGGGGUUGCUAGGGCUUCGGGCGACGAGGCGGCCGUGAAAUGGGACCUCCUGGCCGAAAUGCUGGAAGUGGGCGUCAAGGAGGGUGCUUGA